CUGUGAUUUUCUGUGCUUGUUUCUCUGGUGAGAGACCACGGCUGGAGUCAGUGCAUUUUCAGAAAUUCAGCGAGUGAUGGAUCGCAGUAGCUUGCUUUCUGUAUCAGGUGACUUUGAAUUGUCCCAAAUGCGUCAACCCUCGGAGGACUCUGAAAAAAUCCCAGGCAGUGAAACAGAGAGAUCUACAUGCACUACAGGGAGCUCCAUCACAGCAUGUAAAAAGGUCCUGUGCAGCAACAGUUUAUUGGACUCGACGGAAUAUUGGUUACGGAAUGAGAAGAAACUUUGUCAGGUUGGGUUCUUGGAAGAUAAAGCACGAAAUAGACGCCCAACGAUCUGUUUUGUAAAUCUUGAUGGAGUGGAUGGGAAGAGCAAUAGUAAAGAAUUCCAACAGAAAUUAGUUACGGUGUCCCCUGACCUUCCAUACCUCAUCAAUUCUUUAAAUGUCUGUCAAAUGAAAGAUAAUGAACUCAUCCUUGUGAGUGGAUUGAUUUCUCCAGGAAGCUGUUAUGACAAUUCAGAUGAUUCCCAGGGUCUUCAUUCCAAUCAUUUAGAAGAUGAAUGUUUCCCUCAUCCCCCACAGUGGGACAGACCACCUGAUGUUUGUUUAGUUCGAUCAGCCAGAAGGUGCCAGAAGAAUGACAUAGCCUGUGUCAUUUAUGAAAUAAAUAAAUGUAUGAUUGGCUUGGACUAUGUUAAAAAAAAGAAAAUACACCUUCAGCACACCAGCAAUUGCAAGUCAGGUGAUGACACCAAUUGUUCUGUAUCAUCCAUCGAAGAAGACUUUCUCACUGCCCCUGAGCACUUUGAUGAUGAGGAGGAUGAAACUCACAAUGUCUUAAGUGAUACUGUGAAUAUUACUGGUUCAGACCCCACAACAGGUACCAAAAAACCUAAAGCAAAGACUAAGAGUCUCUUGCAGAUGAGACAGAACAAAGGGAAUGUAUUUCUUCAAAGGACAUUUAAUCCAAAGGAUACAUCAGUGUCCGAGCAUACAAGUGAAGUGAGCUCUGAAAACACUGAACAGUUCCUUUACUGUGAAACCAAAUAUGAUACUGUAGACGGAGGCAUAGGAAGGCAGAAUCCAGAUGAAAAAUCUCAGAAAGGAACAUUCAUCUUAAAAUCAUUUCCAGACAAUAUCUCUAUGAAACAUGGUCUGGAGGAAGAGCACAAGUCUUGCAUAAUUGAAUGCUUUAAUGAGGAUCUUCAAAACAACUCCCUCGCAUCAUUUGUGGAUACACAGGACACUGAAGAUAAACUUAGUGUCUCUUCAUCAACAGAGGAGAAUCCAAAUGUGGAGGGUGAAUAUGCCUCAAACUUAGCAGAGUCUGUCUUACAAGAUGCCUUCAUUAGACUAUCCCAGUCAGAAUGUACUUUUACCACAGAGGCUGCUGUUAGCAUCUCUGCAGAAAACAAUGAUACCCUUUCAACCGGCAAUCUCAAAGCAGAAACAACAACCCCUCCUUGUCCAUGGAAUGUUCUUCCUAAAAUCGUUAUUGUACAAAGUCCAGACAACUGUGAGAACACUCCAGAAUGGCAAGAACAGUUUAGUCCAACAAUGGCGUCAGACCUGGACUCAAGUCCCUUGAGUGAAUCUCCAUCCUGUGUACAGGAAUGUGUGAUGGACCAUAAGAAUUCUGAGACAAGUGAAUUGCCUCCCAGUUCUGUGGAGAUAGCACUAGUCUGUGCAGCCAGUGUUGUAGGAACUGUUUCAAGCCCUUAUGUUGCUGAGAGUCUACAAUUAGACCAAGCCUUGUAUGAUACAGACAAUCCAUCCUGUGAAAGGAAUGAAAAAAGAAUAUUACUAAAUGACUGUAGAUGUGAUGAAAUGCAAUUCUCAUUCUCUUCAGCACUCUAUGGUGUGACCCAGGUGGCCAGUGCUAUAGGUAUUGCAGGUGGGCUAACUGAUGAACAAGACAACAGUUUUUCUGCUACUUCAAGUGGUCUUCUUUCUGCAGCUGAGACUUCUGCUGCAGUUACUCUCCGGAGCAGUGUGAGUGUUGGAAGCUGUGUCGAAACGUUUGCUUCUAACAUUGCUGAGGUAUUGCUCAAAGAAGCAGCCACUGUUCUUGCAAAACCAGACCACUAUAAAAGUGUUGGCGAGCUCAUGGAAUCCAUGGGCAAGAAGUUAAUUGGAACAGUGACAAAUCCAAAAGUCUCUCACUGGGAGGAAUUGUCAAAGGAUGACUUUACCCAUAAUAUAUCAGAUUUAAUUCUGAAGCAUUCUUUCCAAGAAGCAAAUGAAAAAGUAGGAUUAACAAAUCCGGUGAAAGAAAAUCAUUCAGAUGGGAAUCCAACCAGCAUGUUUAUUGAGACUGCAAAUAAAUCUCUCUUCAGCAUAAUAUACUCCACUUGUAGAAAAAUCAAGGACAUUGUAAGGAACAAUGAUGUUUCCAUGAUCUUUCAAGAAGAUGAAGCCAACAACUGGAAGGUUUUGGAAAAUACUAUCAAACAGAAGGAUGGGAUUACACAGAAUUAUUUUAACAAUGACAGUUUUGAAGACUUUGGUCAACCCAACACCACUGUUUCUGUCCAAGAGAGCCUAAUAGACUCUGCAAUCUCAAAUAAAAAUGUAUUUGAGGAAUCGGACUUUUCGCAACAAGUUAAUCUGAGCUCAGUGUGGCUUUCCAGUAGACGAGGUAGUGACUGUGCAAAUAACACACACAAAUUGACCGACCAACAGAUAUCAAAGAUUGUCAGUGCUGCCAUUACCAAUUAUGUAACACCACAACACCAACAGAAAACAUAUGACAAAGAUGCAAGUUCAUGUUCCUCUGUUGGCGCUUAUGAGCCAGAUAUGGGAUGUAGUGGUGCCAUGCCAGCACAAACAUGUGGUUAUAGUAAUGCGCUCGCAGAAACCAGAGAAUUACAGAGAACCAAAUCUCAGCCAGAGCGAGAACAGAACUUACUUUUGAUAAAUGCACAAAAUGCCUUAAGCCUACCUAAUUCUUCAACCCAUGUUAUGCAAUCAACAGAAGCAAACUUUUCAAUAAAUGGAUUUGCUGACCAGAUUGCGAAAACAGUUGUUUCCAUGGCGACAGAGAUGGCAGCCAUUUGUCUUGAAAAUACAAAUGCUAAGCAGCCAUGGUUCUGUCCAUGGAAAAGAAGACUUGGAGAUCCUGAAAGUUUCAUGAUUCCACAGUCAUCCUCAUCCAGGGUAGUUAUGAGGAGUAAAGAAUCCCAAACCAUGUCUCCAGUUAGCAAAAGACUUAAGCCGCCCAGACUUAGUGAGAUUAAAAGAAAAACACAAGAACAGCCUGAGCUGAAGGAAAAGCUAAUGAACAGAGUGGUUGAUGAAUCGUUGAACUUUGAUGAUGCCUUGGAGCCAAUAAACAACUUUGCCAAUGAGGUGGCAGGAAAAAUAGUAAACUCGGCAGAACUAGCCAUGGUUGAUUCUGUGAAGCAAGGUCUGGGCCUGACUAGAAAUAGGUUACUAUGUGAGAGGUGGAACAGGGGCAAGGCCUCCAGUUAUGAGAGCAUUCCAGAAGAGGAUGCAGAUUCCAACGGUUCAUGGGCUGCCCUGGGUACCAUGGCUAAACUUGGCCAGCCAAUAAGCAGGGCCAGUUCCAUCUCCAAGCAGUCAAGCUGUGAGAGUAUCACCGACGAAUUUUCCAACUUUAUGGUGAGUCAAAUGGAAAAUGAAGGAUGGGGAUUUGAUUUACUGCUGGAUUACUAUGCUGGCAAGCACGCCAGCAACAUCUUAAACGCGGCACUCCAACAGGUGUGCAAAAAGAACGGGCAUCUUAGCGUCAGUGCAUCCUGUCUUUCGAAACAAUCUAGCACAGAGAGCAUUACGGAGGAGUUCUAUAGAUACAUGCUGCAGGAACUGGAUAAAGAAAGCAAAGAAAAUAAAACCAACAAGGAAUUGCUAGUGCCAUCUGCUAGAACAAUCAUGUGUUUCAGGCAGUCAUCAAUGCCAGACAGACGAACAUCAGAGGAGAGAUUAACAGUAACUCCUCCAAUGAAAGCAAAUUCCUUUGAUGGCUUUGCCCAAAAUGACCACAGAAAUACGUUAGAUAUACGUAUGGGAUACACGGCAUUGUCCACUAAUCUCUAUAAAUCUCUAACAGACUCUUGUUUGUAUCAGAAGUGUAAAACUGACCAUAUGACAGAUAUGCUGAUAAAUGAAACUUGGUCAAAUUCUAUUGAGGCUCUAAUGCGAAAGAAUAAAAUCAUCUGUGAUGACACUGACAAUCAGAAUGCUGAUCAGCUGCCCAGCGGAGACCAGCCACAUGUUGAAAGAUAUGCCACUGGAAUAGUUUCAGAUCCUGUUAGAUGUGGCAAGUUAUCUGUCAGUGGUCAGCAGGACUCCAUUGAAUAUGCAUCCCAUGACUCUGGAACAAAAAACAAAAAAUGUGAGGCACCCAUCCAACACAAACUGGAGAAAGCAAAAGUAGCAAAUGAAAAGAUGUGUUUCACAUCAAAUGAUUGGGCAACAGUGAAGAGAAAGCAGUUGUCCCACUGUGCGAGGGAAGUCCCUUUAAUUCAUAUAGAGGAUGAUCAAAGAGAAGAUGUCAAAGAAUGCCUUCAAGCAAAGACAACCAGUGAUAGCAAGGUAUUGGCUGAAAAGAGGCCACUAGAAAGGAAGCUUACAGAAGUUGAUGGUGAAUGGCAUACUGAGUCUAGUUCAAUAACAACUAGCAGCAUUCUAAAGAAUUCCAUACCAGCGACAACGGAGAAGGUCGGAGCUGAUGAGCUUCCAUGCAGUUUCAGCACCAGCGAUGAUAGCAUGGGGAGCUGGUCACAGCUCGUUAAUGAAGAAGAUCAUGCAGAAGACAGCAGUAGCUAUCUUCAUCUUAGUGAAAGCAAUGGGAACAGCAGUGCUUCGAGUAGUCUUGGCUUAGUGGAUCUGGAUACCUAUCAGGAAAGCCUUUCAUCACGUGCUUUACCCAGUGAAAUCGUAAGUGGAAAGGAGUCAGUGAAAGACAAUACGGAGCAUUUGGAUGAAAGCACAUCUCAGUUAUCAAUGGAAGCAGUCAGUUGCCACAGGGAGUUUCUUGUGCUGAAUUUUGACGUGAGCCCUGAAUGUGUUGACUCAGAAUUGCGAGCAAUCUUGCAGUGGAUAGCUGCUUCUGAACUUGGUUUUCCAGUGAUUUACUUCAAAAAAUCCAAGGAAAAGAAGAUUCAAAAGUUUUUAGAUGUUGUCCAGUCUGCUCACAAGAAAGCUUGGAAGCUCAAAGAUCUGUUUCUUGCAAUUCUGCAGUAUUGUAAAGUGCAGGAGGAGGCAGGAAGCCUUUCCACAACAAGUCUGUUUGACUGGCUUCUUGAAUUUAGCUAAAGGUUAAUUUUCAAUUUUGACUUUGUAAAUAAACAAGUAUAAUAGUCAAUUUUUGGAGUAGGUUCUUAUGAUUAUUUUCAGGCCAGUUUGUGUUCUCCUUGAAGUGACUAAUCAUACAUCAUGUAAACAUGGGGAAAACCAAGCAGUACUGUACACAACAUGUGAAAGCUAUCAAUUUAUGGAGGUCAGUCAGAAACAAUUUUCUAUUUAUACUCAAGAUAUGGUGUUUCUAUCAUUGACAGAUUUGAUAUAUCUAUGAUUAUAAUGGAUAAAUAUCCUCUUAUAUUGCCAAAGCAGUACCCAUGCUUUGCAGUGUACGCACACUGAUAUAAACAAAACACACUGUACAAAGUUGAAAAAAUUGCUAACUUUUAUCUGAUGUGUACUGUACAUGUGAAGAAGCUGACACUGACAUGCAGAAGCCAUAAUGUAUCAGACAGCAACAACUGUCAGCUUUUACCAAGUGUGUAUUGUACAUGUAUAUUUGUGUGGCAUGUUUUAAAGCAGAUUUGGAUAGUGUUUUUUAAAAAUAUUUUUGCAAUCAUAUGAAAAUUAUGUAAUGUAGGUACAGUGAGCAUGUAUGUCUACACAAACAACCUUUAAGUUCCUGUAUAGAUCAAGUUAAUCACAACUGCAACAAUAAUUUUGAUGUACUGAGAUUGCUUAUCUGUUUAAAUGAUUAUGUAAUAUUAGGUCAGAGAUCAGAAUGUAAGACUGAAACAUGCAGCUUCUCCAAACCAAAAUCUUUGCAAAGUGCUGCCACUCAGAGAUAUAACUACUGUAUGAAUUCCUGCCAGCUUCAUUACAGGGACCAUUUUGUCUGGCAACACAAACAAAUAAGUGGGAAUCAAACCACUUGGAAACUACGCACUGUGGUCAAUACAUUGGUAUUUAAAAAGUCUGUACUAAUUUUUGAAAAUAACUCAGUCACAUGUCUAAAACUAUCAAAUCUGACAUUUAAAGAAAGACUUGU